CAGUGACAGUAAGUUGACUAACUGUUCAAGACCUCUCCCCUUCACUUCACUCUACUGCAGGGUGGGAGAUGCAACAAUGGUCUUGAGAACAGCAGGAAGUGUGUUGAUGGUCUUUCUCUGGUCUGUGACAGUGGUACUGGGUCAGUAUGGCUGGAGAGUGACUUACACCACUCAGAGUAUCUGUGUCUUGAAGGGGUCAACUGUAGAGCUGACCUGCUCUUACACAUAUCCCAGUGGUUAUACAAUCACAACAACCUUCUGGUUCACUAAAAUAUAUGCUGAGGAGAAUUAUGUGAGUCUGAAGGAUGACCCAGACUACAAAGGACGUGUGACGUACCGUGAGGAUGAAGAGAAUGGACACACCCUGACAAUCACAGACCUGAGAGAGAGUGACUCAGCUACGUACAUGUUCAGAUUUACAGAUCAGACUGGAGGAUGGAAAUAUUUUGGCAAACCUGGAGUCACUCUGUCUGUCACAGGAUUUCUUCCUUAUUUGUACAAGAACGGACACAAAGUAAAGGAGGACACUUCCAGCCUGGACUCAGACUCCUUUAGUGAUGCAGACAGUUACUCCUGUGCUGUAAAAGGCCAUGGAAGGGGGUCAACAGUGGAUAUAUCCUCCACGUAUGACAGUGGUGAUGAUACGAUCACAUCAUCACACUGGUUUAGUUCUAAACAGAGUUCCAGCUGGAAGGAUGAGUUGGUCCCUGAGGACCUAACCACAGACCCAGGGUAUGAAGGUCGUGCGGAGUCUGUUGGAGAGAAGGAGAGAGGUCACUCCAUCCUGAGAAUCACAGAUCUGAGAGAAGAGGACUCUGCUGAGUACAAGUUCAUAUUCAACACACAAACCUCAGGAUGGGGGUACAGCUUCCCUGGAACAACUCUGACUGUCACAGGUCUUCAGGUGCUGUUUAAGGAUCCAACCAACAUCAUAGAGGGAACGUGUCUUCGUCUGUUCUGUGAGUCCAUAUGCUUUCUGCAGGACAACCCGUCUUACAUCUGGUACAAGAACGGACAACGUCUGUUCAGUCACGAGACCAAGUACCUGAUCCUAGACCCAGUCUGCAGUGAGGAUGCAGGCAGAUACGCCUGUGCUGUAAACGGCCAGGAGGAUCUCGCCUCUGCUGAAAAGACCCUCACUGUCAGAUGUGAAUGGCCCAAAGACCACCUCCGUGUCAAACCCUCUGGUGAAAUAGUGGAGGGCAGUUCAGUGACUCUGACCUGCAGCAGUGAUGCCAACCCACCUGUGGACAAAUACACCUGGUACAAGAAGAACGUAACCUCACCAAAAGCAUCAGGACAGAGUUACAACAUCACUAACAUCAUCUCUGAGGACAGAGGAGAAUAUUACUGUGAGGCUGAGAAUAAAUAUGGACGUCUCAUCUCUUCUUCUGUGUCUGUGGACGUUCAGUGUAAGUUCACCUAACCUUCAUCUAUUCAUUGACAAUCACACAGGUCAACAACAAUAAAGAAUCAUUCGUAAUGUUACACCCUUAUCAUACCAUAUGUUAUAGAAUUAGUAAUGUUACACACUUAUCAUCCUAUAUGAUAUAUAAUUAGUAAUGUUACACACUUAUCAUCCUAUAUGAUAUAUAAUUAAAUAAAUAUUGUUUCAUUUUCUUC